CUGCCUGGCAGAACACUGAAUCUUAACAAUAGACAAUAAAAGUCAAGUGACAAUGGCAGCCCAGGACCAUGGUGUGGGGUCCACAACCGGAAAGCCCAGGGCCAGCUAUGAGCUUGGAGACCAAGUCCAGGAAAAUUCCCAACUGAGAAUUGUCUUACUGGGAAAAACGGGAGCAGGAAAGAGUGCAACAGGGAACAGCAUCCUCGGGGAAAAGGUGUUUCAUUCUGGCAUUUGUGCAAAAUCCAUUACCAAGGUCUGUGAGAAAAGGGUGAGCACCUGGGGUGGGAGAGAGCUUGUUGUCGUGGAUACGCCUGGUGUUUUUGACACUGAGGUACCAAAUGUUGACACGCAAAAAGAGAUCGCUCGCUGUGUUGCCCUGACCUCCCCAGGGCCUCAUGCUCUACUCCUGGUGGUCCCAUUGGGACGUUACACCGUGGAAGAACAUAAGGCUACACAGAAGAUUCUAAGCAUGUAUGGAAAGAAGGCUAGAAGAUUCAUGAUUCUCUUGCUCACCAGGAAGGAUGAUUUGGAAGACACUGAUAUCCGUGAGUACUUAAAUUCAGCUCCUGAAGGCAUUCAAGAACUGAUCCGUAAGUUCGAGGGUCGUUACUGUUUGUUCAACAACAGAGCAUCAGGAGCUGAACAGGAGGACCAGAGGACACAGCUGUUGACCUUGGUCCAGCGCAUGGUGAUGGAAAAUGGAGGAAGAUGCUUUACCAACAAGAUGUACGGAAGUGCCGAGAAAGAGAUUCAGAAACAAACCCGGGAGAAGCAUGAGCUUUACAGACAGGAGUUGGAGAGAGAGCUAGCGCGGAUAAGAGAUGAGUAUGAAGAGCAGAUUAGAGACCUGAAAGAUCAGCUGGAGAGGGAGAGGAGAAAGGCACAGAUGGAGAGGGAGUUCACCAGAACAGAGGCUUACUACACAGAGAGACAGCAAAAUGCUAGGAGGGAAGUGGAGAACCAAAACACGAUACUUGAAAUGAUCUUAGAAAUGUGGAGGGUUGCUCGCUUUAUCAUCAGUCGGUUUAUGCAAGAUGACUAAGACCUGGUCUGUAAGACUAGACCUCAUCUGCUUUCUGCGUUUGUUCCUGAUAAUCCUGCCCACCCCUCACUGUCCAAAUGCUCUGCUUUCCAUCCUCCAGAACUAAGGAGUAAAAGGCACCUUUGGCAGUUGGCAGAUGUUCAAUUGACUUAGCAAAGAAACCGACCAAUCCUCUAGUACAGCUCAAAUCAGAUGUAUUAAUGCUCGCCACUCUUGCGUUCUUCCUCAGAGAAAGUCACCCAGGAGCCCCCAGGAGAUGACUGUAAGAUGUUCCCAUUCGUCCUCCUCUGGAUUCUCAACUAUAAUCUUCACUUGCAGCUUCUAUACACUGCUGCUCAGGUUUUUUGACAAGAGUCUUCUAUGUUCUACUAGAAGGUCAAUUCUUUGCAUGAGGUAAUCUUUAGGUGGAAAUAGAUGACCGUGCAGUUCUCAGUGAGUGUCAGUUUGUUUCGUUACAAACUCAAGUUGUUCCCUAUCCACCCUUUGAUGGCAAAGCAAAUCUUAUAAGUCAACUAACUCAGGAUGAGCACAAAUUAGCAAUUUAAUAGACGACACUGCAGUGUUCGGUAUGUCAGGUGUGCCUCUAGAAGCUCUCUGUCAACCUUCUAACCAGUUUGGUGAAGUCAGUUCUCUCCUUGAGAAUUGAUCUGAUUGGUCCAACCCCUCCCCGUACCCCAAUACAUCCAGCUUGUGUUGCUUCUGACCAGCCCAGCUAAUUUUCUUAUUGUUUUUAUAAUAAACUUUUCUAU